CCAGUCCUUCUGGCUCUUAGCCUGCGGGGUUGGGGCUGGCGCAGCUCUAGUUCCUUUCCUCCUCUGCCGCCUGCGCUGCCUCAGCCGCCUCCGCGGCCUCCGCCCGCCUCCGCCUCAGUCUCCCACGCCUCCGAACAGGCCGCGGUUACCGGUUUGCGAUUCCCGGGCUUAAACUCUACAGCUCCAGUGUCCCAGUGUCGGUGCUCCUGCGAGAUGACGCUCAAGUCGAGCGAAGGCGAGGGUGGGAAUAGCAUGCGCACCGCGCUCUCGGACCUCUACCUGGAACACUUGCUACAGAAGCGCAACCGACCUGAGAUGAAGGGAAAAAAAGGAAAAGAAGAAUUGGCUGCAUUGAAUCAGUUGAAUGUUGCCACUGAGGACAUGUACACCAAUGGGUCUACUGUUCCAGGUAGCCCUGCCCAUUCUAAAGGGCAAGAGGCAAGGAAAGUACGUCUCAUACAGUUUGAGAAGAUCACAGAGGAGCCCAUGGGAAUUACUUUGAAGCUGAAUGAAAAACAGUCAUGUACUGUGGCCAGAAUUCUCCAUGGUGGCAUGAUUCAUAGACAAGGCUCUCUUCACGUGGGGGAUGAGAUCCUAGAAAUCAAUGGCACAAAUGUGACUAAUCACUCAGUAGACCAGCUGCAGAAGGCAAUGAAGGAAACCAAAGGAAUGAUCUCAUUAAAAGUAAUUCCUAAUCAGCAGAGUCGUCUUCCUGCACUACAGAUGUUCAUGAGAGCACAGUUCGACUAUGAUCCCAAAAAGGACAAUCUUAUCCCUUGUAAGGAGGCAGGACUGAAGUUUGUUACUGGAGACAUUAUCCAGAUUAUCAACAAAGAUGACAGCAACUGGUGGCAGGGGCGGGUGGAAGGCUCUUCCAAGGAGUCUGCAGGAUUGAUCCCUUCUCCUGAGCUGCAGGAAUGGAGAGUGGCAAGUGUGGCUCAGUCUGCUCCAAAUGAAGCUCCAAGCUGCAGUCCCUUUGGGAAGAAGAAGAAGUAUAAAGACAAGUAUCUGGCUAAGCACAGUUCAAUUUUUGACCAGUUGGAUGUUGUUUCCUAUGAGGAAGUUGUCCGACUCCCUGCAUUCAAGAGGAAGACCCUGGUUCUAAUCGGAGCCAGUGGGGUAGGUCGCAGCCAUAUUAAGAAUGCUCUGCUCAGCCAGAAUCCAGAGAAGUUUGUAUACCCUGUCCCAUAUACAACACGGCCACCAAGGAAGAAUGAAGAAGAUGGAAAGGAAUAUCACUUCAUCUCAACAGAGGAAAUGACAAGGAACAUCUCUGCCAACGAGUUCUUGGAGUUUGGCAGCUAUCAGGGCAACAUGUUUGGCACUAAAUUCGAAACAGUGCACCAGAUUCAUAAGCAGGACAAGAUUGCCAUCCUUGACAUUGAGCCCCAGACCCUGAAGAUUGUUCGGACAGCUGAGCUUUCACCUUUCAUUGUGUUCAUCGAACCUACUGAUCAGGGCACUCAGGUGGGAAAUGGGUCAUGCAAGGUGGGUGGAGGUUCACUCCUUCUAGAUCGUGGUUAGCUGUUUCCUCCAAGGUUAAGACAAAAGGGCAUGCAUACUUCAUUCAAGAGAUAGUAAUUAAACAAGUCACGCCGUCAUUGUCCUAGAUAAUACAGAUGUUAUAACUAAGAUGGACAGUUAAGUAAAUCUUGAAUCUGAUGAGACUCAUGACAGAGCAGAGGGAGCUAUGAAGGACAAGUGUGGCACCAGAACCACCAUGGGGUACAGUAUGGCUACAAAGGGAAAGGAGUCUGCAAGAGUGGCUGUUUGCUUUCCUCUAUAGCAUGUCAUUAUACCGAAAACAAAAUAAGAAACCUCUAUAGCAUGUCAUUCAUUACAUUUUAAAUUUUUUUGCCUAUAUUUUAUAAGUGUGGCAGUUCACUUUGUUUUACUGUAAGAGAUUAUUUUCUUACUAUUGAGAGUCACAAUUCCACCAUUUGAGGAGGGAUAAAAGGAGGAUCAAGAGUCCAGCGCCUUAGUUAAGUUAAAGCUCAAGGCCAGUCUGGACUACCAAGAGUUUGAGGCCAGCCUGGGCUAGAGUUCAAAGUCAGAACAUAUAUAUUGAGACUGUCAAACGAACAAAACAGCUGUUUGUGUUGCUUGUGUAUGAAUUUUCUGGCUGUCCUUAGUUCUUGUUUCCACCAGGUUAGUAGUUUCUUAUCAUUCAUUCCUUUCUAAUUCUGUACUUGGGUAUUUCACUCUGAUGUUAAAAGUAUCCCCACCACCACUACCAUGGCAUGUAUUUCUCUAUACAUUUUUACUAACGCUAAACAUUGGAGCUAGAAGCCUAUUGUCAAUAAUCUUUGUCCUUAUCCUAGGGUUACAAGUCAGUAGUUGUUAAAAAUGGCUUUUCCAUGUACAAAGGGAUGAGGCUUAAGUGGAUGGUGCUAAUGAAGCCUAUGCUAGGUUGCUACUGGCCUUUCAGAGGGCUCUAUUUAUAAUUAGGAGUAAUUUGGGAUCCUUUAGUACAGUUGUUCUCAACCUGUGGGCCACAACAUCUUUGGCAAACACUAUCAAUGAAAAUAAUUUGAUGUUUAGAGGUCACAACAUAAAGAACUGUUUUAGCCAGGUGGUGGUGGUGCAUGCCUUUAAUCCCAGUUUGGGAGGCAGAGGCAGGUGGAUCUUGGUUGGCCUAGUCUACAGAGCAAGUUCCAGGAUAGCAAGGACUGUUACACCGAGAA